AUGGCUGAGGAAGGCAUUGCUGCUGGAGGUAUAAUGGACGUUACUACUGCUUUACAAGAGGUGCUGAAGACCACCCUCAUCCAUGAUGGCCUAGCAUGUGGAGUUCGCAAAGCUGCCAAAGCCUUAGACAGGCACCAAGCUCAUCUUUGUGUGCUUGCAUCUAAUUGUGAUGAGCCCAUGUAUGUUAAGUUGGUGGAGGUCCUUUGUGCUACCCCGGUUGAUGACAACAAGACUGGGGAAUGGGUAAGCCUCUAUAAAACUGACAGAUGGGGGAAACCCCGUAAAGUGGUUGGUUCCAGUUGUGCAGUAGUUAAGAACUAUGGCAAGGAGUCUCAGGCCAGUAUGUCAUCAAAGAAUACUUCAAAUGAAUAAAU